CUUCGAACAUACGUCAAGAUGCACUGGGCAAACCUCUUCUCGUCGCUGCUGCUGCUGCUGCUCGCAACGCCCGCGUGGGCCGGCAGCCGGGGCAUGUGGUUCUGGAACGCCCAAAAGAUCCAGAGCCAGACCGAGGUGACGCAGCUCAUCAACUUUGCACUAAAGUACAAGAUCGGCACGCUCUACACAGAGAUGAACACGGACCUGGGUAACGCUGCCUACCAGAGCUUCGUAGCGAAGUGCGCAGGCAACGGCAUCCGCGUGCAGGCUCUCAUAGGAGACUCCAGCUGGGCCACAGCCGAGGGCUUCCCAAACCUCAAGCCGAAACUCGACUGGCUCAAGCAGUACCAGGCGAGCGCCCCGGCGGCGUCGCGCUUUAGCGCUGUCCACUUUGACGUCGAACCGUGGACAAUCCACCCUGACUGGGAGAACAACCGCGCCGGCCUCACAACCGGCCUCCUCCGCGUCGCCGAGGCGAUCAUCAAGGUCGCCGCUGAAGACCUCGGGAACCUGCCCGUGGAGGCCGACGUCCCCUUCUGGGCCAACGAGAUCGACUGCCCGGGCUACGACGUCACCCUGGACGUGUGGAUGUUCCGCCGCAUCGCGGCCACCCACUUCAUGACCUACCGCAACACGCCCGACGCCUUUAUGGAUAUCGCCAACAGGGCCCUCGUCAGGGGCUCGGGAGAGGGCAAGCCCGUGUGGCUGUCCAUCGAGACGGUCAAUACCGGCGAUAACAUCCAGAGCUACUACGGCUCCACGCUCCAGCACUUCCUCAGCGACCUGAGCAUCGUCGAGGGCAGGGCAGGCAAGUUCUCAGGCUAUGCCGGCAUGGGCAUCCACUACUACGAGGGCAUGCGGGCCUUGCGUUAGUUUGCAACGCUACUCUCGCUGGACUAUUUUUGCCUUUCCUACAUCUCUUGCCUGGAAAGGCCCAACCACUGCAUGCGACUGGGAGCAAAUCAUACAAUGGAUCAAGCAAUGCAAAACCGGGCCAUCUCCCAUUCGCCCCAGCUCGGUAGCUAGGAAUGGAGCCGCCGUAAAUGAAGGCGUUGAGAGAGACCGAACCGGACGAAGAGACUCCAAAAGGAAUUCCCUGUAGCAGCCUAGUCUAGCACAGACAAUAGCUUAGUAUCAAACACAGGGUGGUCUAGCGAUUUUUUGAUGUCACGGUAGCCUUCUCUGACCCUAUCAAGGGCUACUGACUUGUCUAAGCCUUGUACCGCAAAUUACUCGUCCUUAUUAUCCUCUUCGGCUUUUUCUAGUCAGGGAUACCUAGAUAAUAUAAGCGCCCGACUAGUGUUGGGUAUAUGAUAG